GCUGCGGAUCUGCAUCUUCUUUUCCCGCCGACACCAAGCAGGACGCGGCGCGGAUGUCUUCACCCGCCAUGGAAGUUCAGUAGGAGGCGAAGCUUCUUCCCCUCAUGUUGUCCUCGGGAGACCCGCUGGACUUUCCUCGACGUGACCCAGCACCGAAUGACCAAAGCUGGCUGCUUGGGAACCAUGAAAAGGUGCUGGUGGGAGCCGCUCCUCCUCCUCCUCCUCGGCUUGCUUGUGGCUCUGCCGGGGCCCCUCGGGGCUGGGACCCCCGCAAACAGCAGCCCGGAUGCGGGCACGACCGCGUUCCGCCCUCCGAACACCUCCGACCAAGUGAACACGGAGUACGAGUUGACUUCCGCUUUUCCUUUCACGGAGAGUUUUUCUCCAUCUCAGCGGGACCUGCCGCUCACUCUCUCCCCGGAUACUGAGCAACCACAAACCCUGAGAGAAACCAGCACCAGGUCCCAGGAGACCAUCGGUGCGUCCACUGAGAUGUUUACGUCCUCCACAGUCGGUCACUCCUCCGAAACCAGCAGCAGCAGCAGUAGCGACUCCCCGCAAACACGACAUCUUCCCGACGUGUCACUCGGUAUCUCUGAUCGAGCACUGUCUCCUCGGACGGUGACAGAGGACCUGCCGCGGGACAGCCCGCGCUCGAGUGUGCGCACGGGGGAGCCCGCGUCGUCCCCGUCGCAGACACAGGCCCUCACGGACCGCGUCUUCAACGCCACCGCCGUCAGUCGGGCUGGCGAGAGGACGCUGCUGUCCGUCACCUCCUCUUCCUCCAGCAAUAGCUCGGCGGUCACACAGGACUUCAGCUCCCAUCAGCCCCGCUCCACCUGGAGCGUCGCAUCCACCGUGGAGACUGAGGACUACACCCACAGCGCCCCGUCCACCAGGAGUGAAGAAACCAGGAGCCGCUCUUUAACUGCGUCUUCGUCUUCAGAGCCUGACAGCCCAGAGACCCCCGCAGGGACCCAAACUCUUGUUGGACCUCUAAAUACCACCAAACACCAAUACAUCCCAACAUCUGAGGAACCUUCACAGUCAACAUGCGGGACCUCCAGCACAGACCCCAUCCAUGAGUCCACCUCAUCCACGCCUCCUGCUGGACGCCCCACGCUCGCAUCAUACCCAUAUUCCACCCUCCGGCCCUCCACGGAAUCUUCCGUCGGAACCGGCAGCUUCAGCACUCGGAGGCACGAGGCCACCGAGAGUUCACCCGAGAGCAGAGAGGAAAGUGUGAGCUUUAUUGUCACCACAGCGCCCCCUCUGGUCAGCAGCACAACUAACCAGUAUGACUCUCAGAGGGAAACAACUGCAGUCUUCAUCGCCACGACAACAGUCACAGGAACUGACAGAUCCGAGGUAACAGAAGAGGAGACGGACAUGAAUCGUAAAUCGACCGUGUUCACCAGCGUCCCUCCGCUCCUCGCCACCUCCUCUUCCACGCUGGGCUUUACGCCGCAGCCUUCCACCCAGGCCACCAUCUCCUCCACCACCGGCGCCCCGACUCCGCCCCAGCAGAUGUCCGCGGCACCCCCGGCUCUCAGCCGAGUUCCCACGGCAUCGACCAAGACGACCCGGCCCGCCGACAUCACCGCCUGGCAGCGGGAAACCAGCGCGGGUGCCACCACGCCGCAAAGUCCACACUCCGCUGCCACGCACACCCGCACCAACCCUACGGAGCGCACAGAGGCUCCGCCCACCACACGCGUGCCCACAGACAGGGUGACCACAGAGGAAGUGGCAACGUCAUCUCCCACUCAUGUUCAGCCCACCAAGGCAGCUCCACCAAGAGACCCUUGUGUGUCCAACCCGUGUCUGAACGGGGGGAUGUGCGUGAGCUACGAGCACCGGCGGUUCAGAUGCGGCUGUCCGCAGGCCUGGACGGGCCCCACCUGUAACCAAGACAUGGAUGAGUGUGAGAAGGACCCCUGCCCUAUGGGCUCCACGUGCGUGAAUACCAGGGGCUCCUUCAGCUGCGAAUGUCCGCUCGGCUUCCACCUGGAGGACGGACGUACUUGCACCAGAGCAAAAACGUUCCUGGGAACAUUCAGCCUAAAUAAAGUGUCACAUGACAACCGAGUCUUCAAGAGCGCCACCGUGCACGAGAUCCAGAGAGAGCUUCUUCAGCUGCUCAACGCCUCCUUGUCCAUCCUCCGAGGUUACAGCCGCUCCACUCUCAGCAAGAAAUAUAACACCCCCUCCAGAGAAGUGGACGGUAUUCGUAUCUCCGCUGUCAACAUGUUCUCUGUCUCCACUGACGUGACCAGCGCUGAGGUCUACAACAGCAUUCAGAUGUCUCUAAAAAACUGCACUUCCUGGCAGUCCCACUGCCGAGUGGUUCUGCACCACCGACUCACCUACCAGGUGGAGAGUCUUUGUCUGGCCCAGAAGAUUCUGUGCGAUAGCGAGCGUUCCGCCUGCUCUGACGUCAGCGGCAGCGCCCAGUGCCAGUGUCUGCAGGGCUACUACAAACACGACCCUGACGACCUGUCCUGCUUAGAAUGUGGCGAUGGCUACCGGCUGGAAAAUAACACCUGUGUCCCGUGCAUCUUUGGCUUUGGAGGAUUCAACUGUGGGAAUUUCUACAAGCUGAUUGCUGUUGUUGUAUCGCCUGCAGGGGGCGCCCUGCUCCUUAUCCUCGUCAUCGCCCUCAUCGUCACUUGCUGCAAGCGGGAUAAGAACGACAUCAACAAGAUCAUCUUCAAGAGUGGAGAUCUUCAGAUGUCUCCGUACGCCGACUUCCCCAAGAGCAACCGCAUCUCCACGGAGUGGGGGCGGGAGACCAUUGAGAUGCAGGAGAACGGCAGCACCAAGAACCUGCUGCAGAUGACUGACAUUUACUAUUCUCCUGCGUUACGGAACUCUGACCUGGAGAGAAACGGCUUGUACCCGUUCACAGGUCUGCCGGGGUCUCGCCACUCCUGCAUCUACCCCGCCCAGUGGAACCCGUCUUUCACCAGCGACGACUCGCGGCGAAGAGACUACUUCUAACCCGGAAAGUAUUCUGGCAGCCUCACACGUUGAAUACUUUUGACUUCAGAUUACUAAAGAGCAGUUUUGCAAGUCAAAUGUGGCCUGAGAGGGUUGCAGUGCCUUUGCAUGGCUUACACUCAUUUCCCUCAACGGACUACUAAAUGCAAAAUAUUGGUAUGCUGAAAUAUAUAUAUUUAAUAUAUAUAUAUAUAUACAUAUAUAUAUAAGUUUGAAAGCAUUGAUUGAACAUGCUAUUCAUAAAACCACUACAUUUAAAGGAGAAGUGCACUUUUCUGUCUAUCAUUCACAAUCCUUAUGUAAGACAGGAACAUGUCUUUGGUUUUUUAUGCAUUCUAAAACAAAAAAAUGCUAACAAAAGUCAGCUAUCAAUGGAGUUUAUGGGCGCUCUUACAAAAACAUUGUUUUAUACACACUCCGUAAGUAUAUAUGUAUAUAUGAAGGUUUAUUUGAAAUAGGGAGAGAUACAGAAACAUAGACAUGCAUCAUAGUGUUUGUAGCCAAAGCUAAUUUACAACACUUGUCCCCAACAACAACAACAACACAGAUCCAACAUCAUUAAAAUAGGACAAUAAAAAGAAUAAGGCAAAGAUAAGUUGAGAAUAAUGAUAAUAGUAAUAAUACAAAGUGCAAACUAGAUAAAAGCCAAUAAUAAUAAUAACACAGACAAAGUGCAGACUAGAUAAAACCCAAUUCGUAAAAAUGAGUAAAAACUUAACAUGGGAACACGAUUGUGGCUCCACAACCCAUAUACUUUUCAAAGUGUCAGGUAGAGAGUAGUAUCUAGUAACACUCAUAAUAACAUGUAAUAUUUACAUAUUUUGAUCAUUUUAAGCAUACCGCUGCAUAUUAAUUUCACAGACGUUCACUUUCCCUUCAACAACAACAAGACUACUAAUCAUGGCAGACUUGAUGAGAGACAACAAAGACUACUUUGGGACAAAUGAUGAUCCAGAAACUUCUUAUUUUUGAGCCUGAAUAUAAGGAGGAUGAUCUACUAGUUUUAGAAGAUGUGUGCUAAACAGAUGCAGCUUUAGUCAAACACUAAGCAUCAUGUAGCAGUAUUGCUAAGUGCUAAACAAGAUAUACAACCAUAAUAAAGCAAUCACCUACUGUACAAUGUCUGCUCUCACUAGGAUAAAGACUGAUGGGAUGUUUAUAUCUUCCCAUUUACAGCAACAAUUCAUCAUAAUCCUCACAAAGGUUUAGGGGGAAAAAAGUGUUUUUUCGUGUCUUUCUCGCCCUAAGUUGGAUGUCAAAGUUGACCAACUUGUGGGUUUAUGUCCACAACCUUCUACUAUCCAGGUGAGAGACAUGAUUUAUAAUCUAGAAUUAACUUUCACCAACUCAGAGGCGAUACAGCAGCUUAAUAUGUCAACAUAAGCUAGUUAGCUCUCUAAAAGUAGUUCCUCUGCAUUAGCGCUUAUAAUAACAACAUCGCUAAUACUUGUUAAUAUUCAGAUCACGACAUGUAAAUGGAGUAUUGUUGGCGCUUUUUGGAUGUUUUUUAGCAAAUUUUAAGUGUGCAAUAGUGUACUUUUAUUAGCUUCAGUGUUAGCCACCUCAGACUUGUCAACCUUUAUGAGUUAGAAUGCAUAACAAAUGUGUUCUUGUCUUACAUAAGGAUUGUGAAUGAUGCGCAAAAUUCUAAAAAAAAAUUGCAGUUCUCUUUUAAGAUCAUAGAAAGUGAAAAUAGACGAUAGACAAUCUGGUAGCAGCCUUAUUUAUUCACAGAGUGUCCAUUUGUGGACAUUUCCUUCUGAUACACUGAAAGGUAAACCUGUGGCUUUGUGUGUGUGUGUGUGUGUGUGUGUGUGUGUGUGUGUGUGUGUGUGUGUGUGUGUGUGUGUGUGUGUGUGUGUGUUUUGUUAUUCGUACACUAGAAGUAUUAUAACUGCCAAUGAGUGCUGGAAUGUAAAGAUGUAUCAUAAUUUGUAUGAAAUAUUAUUUUUAUGCUCUAUAUUUUCGGUCAAUUCUGGCGUUUUAGUCAGAUGUUUAUUUAAAUAAAAACGUAUUGUACAGAAGUUGGUUUCCAUUGUGGGGA